AGACCCACUCAGAAUUGUCAGAACUGUUGAACAAUGAGUUCGAUGAGCUCCGCUUCUGUGCCUUCCAAGCCCAAAAAGAAGGACAAGGAAAAGAAAGGUAAGGAAACUGAAUCGAUAUUAAUAUAGAUAACGAUGGUGCUUUUGGAAUCGAUUGGAUCGAUUGGAUCACUGUGAGACAAGACACGAAAAUGUUGUCCGUGCAAGUUUUGAAAUCUUCGAUAUGUUAAUUCAUAUCUCCCAUCAUCUCGAUCAUGGAAGUGAUAAUAGUUGGGCCAUCGAGCUAAUAACAUGACGGUUCAAUUCGAGGAAUAUUGAAAAAAAAAGGAAGUUGAAAUAUAUCUGACUGCUACUAGUUCGAGGUAUUCCCUUUUUAAAGAAUCCAGAAAUGGUACGCAACGAAAAUACAACAGCGACACCCAACGACCGUUUUCUGGGAAAUAUCUGUUCGGAGCCCUCUAGAACGGCUAAAAUUUUCGAGAGCCCAAGAACAGCUAAAAAUUUCGAAAAUAUUUCGUGGUGACUGUUCGUUGGGCUCAGAGUUUCGGAAUUUGUGUGGUUUGUUCACCUAAGAAUUUCGGAUUUGGUAGUAAUAUACAAGGAUAUUGGCUUAAGAAAAAUGAUAGGAAUAUUUAGUAUAGUCAAAACUCUGCUUGCUGCCACUCUCGUAAGCCACCAGCUCUAGUUGCGACCAACAUUGAGAGAACCGGAUUGCACUAUGUCUUAAACUGAAAAAGCUCUCACAAGCGAGCGCAUCCUUGAGAGACGGCGACCGCUUGUGUGAAUUAGCGUCUUGUCUCUUCCUUUAAGCAACCAAAUAGUCAGCACUUUAGAAUAAAAGCAUUUACUUCUAGAUCAAAUUUGGGGUAUAAUCAUAAACCAGAAGGGCUAAUGGUCCGUCAACGUCGAAUGUGAUAGGUAAAAAAAACAAUUUUCAUAUUGUUUUACCGGGAUUGGCAAUUAACAAAUAUGCCAAGCUAUUUGCUAAAAGCUCUCAUAAGCAACUGCCCUCUGGUGAGAAGUUUAUUACCCGGUCCCUUACCCCUUUACGAGAACUCAUUCUCGAUUAGCUCUGUGAGGAUUUCAUCCAGAAAAGAAAAGAACAGUAUUAUCUCGACAGUCAGGAAAUUGCAAAUUUAUGCAAUAACCAUUCCGUUGACGGCGUACAACUCACUGAGGUUAAGUCAGCACGUGUCUUAGGAGUAUACCCUCGACGACUGAAAUUACGCCAAAGAACUCAGCAAAUUUAGCAAGAGCUCGAAAAUAUCUAUAUAUCCAAUAUCGAUAACAAUGCAAACAUCAAACAGCUACUUAGUUUUCGCGGGUUUGGAGCAACUGUAGCCAAACCAACCUACAUGAAACUCCAAAAACGCUGCGCUCGAUUACUUUUGAAAUGCUACAAUUAAUUAAUAGUAAAUGAUUUUAUUUUAACCAUUUGUGAUAUUAUAUACCUCUUAAUUAUAAUUCAGUACUUUCCCUUCGUUCACAGAGAGUAAAAAAGAGAAGAAAGAAAAAACCAAAAAGAAAGACUCGAAAAAGGAGGAAAAAAGUGCUGUGAAUGAAGCUGGUAACCAAACCCAGACUGAAAAACCAAAAAAGAAGUUUGGGAUUCGAUUUAAAGCCAAGAAAUCCAAAAAGACAGAUGGUUCGUUGAGCGGAGAUUCAGCUUAUUCCAGUAACAGCGCUGCAAGUUUGCCUCAAGGAGCGAAUGAAUCCAAAGAAUCAUCUACGGUAGAAUUGACUGAACCUUCUGAGAAGUCACAAGAAGAUGUUCUAUACGACCAAGAAGUGCACGUAAUUGACACUCCAGAAAGCCCCGAUGUCGUCCAAGCAACCUUCACGGAAGAUAGCAGUGAAACAGUGGUAAACGUAACGGAUGUAAGUGAUCCUUGGUCAAAAGAAGGCAAAGUUGAUAAGCAAGAGCAGCCUAACAUGAUGGAGGAGCCAGUGAAUAGCCCAGAUCAGACAACAGCUCUUGACCCAAACAAGACUCAAUCGCCUGGGUUGGAAUCACAGUCGUCUGGGAUGUUAAUCGAAGCAAACAAGGGCAUGGAUGCGAGUUCGUUCGAAAAACCAAAUGUAGAGCCAAACGAAGCUGCAACAUCUACAUUUAAAGAUCAUAAGGAUGAUAGUCGCGUUUUAUCCCCAAAAUCUGGGCAUAUCUUGAAAGUAAACGCAAUAAUCACAGAAGAAGAGAAGGAGGACGGUGUGAUAUCAGCAGAAAUUUCUAGCAUUGAAGACAUCACCAGAGAGAAGAAAGAAACAGACGACAGUGGAACACUUAAAGAAAAAGAAGUGGAGGAAAGUAUCAGCUCUACAGUCAAGGAACAGUACUUUUCGCAGCUUGAUGGUUCUCAUGACAGUGAAAAGCGAAAUGAAUCUUCCAUGAAUAAAGAGGUAGAGUCCCUCGAGCACCCUGAGGAACAACAAGUGGAGGAGCAAAAAGAGCUGCAGAAAGAUGACUCUGUGGAAGAUGAAAAUGUGGCGGACGAGGACGUCAGUGAGAAAACAGUGAGCAUCGAAAGCAUAACUGUAGAAGAUAACUCUGUCAGCCUUCCAGAGAAAUCUGGUCAAGCUGCGCUUUUAGAAUCCCCGCACAACUUAAAAGGAGCUUUUGAAGAUUCCAAGCUAAAUUACUUGGGAGAACACAGCGAUGGCAUUAGAAAGCCAAUCCUUUCCACCUACAAGGAAGGUGAAGUUGCAACGCAAGAUGAUUCCCAAGAAAAAGAAGUGCAAGAAAAGGCUCCAGAGAGUAAUGAAGGGAAAGCCGUGCAUCCCAAUAAUCUGCAGGUUUAUGGUCGACAUGACAGCCACGAUGACCUUACGAAGAAAGAUCAACAAGUGCUGCAAGAAAAUGGUAAAAAUGAAGAGGUCAAGCCUAAAAAGCCUAUGAAACCCAGUUCUGACUACGAAGAAAGAUCAGAAGAGAAAGACGUACUGGUAACCAAGAAAAAGAGGUCAGCAUUAAGUCUGUUUUGGUGCUGCUUUGCAUGA